AUGGACACUGGCGACCGCAUGUUAUGCCAUGCCUGUGGCGGGGUUUGGACUAAGGAUGGUGAUUUUUUGACGUGCCCACAUUGUCAAUCGGAGUUCACAGAAAUAAUUGAAAUCCCCCCAGAAAUAUCUCCCGAAGGCUCCCCCUCACGCCGUGCGGACUCCGUAUCGCCUUCGCGCGUUAGCCCAUGGUUAGACCACAAUCCGUGGGAACAAGACACGCAAGAACAGCAAGGCCCCGGGUUUUUCGGAAGGGCUACUCCUCCAUUUUCCUCCUUGCGCACAUACAGAUCGCCGGACGGUCGCUUCUCAUUCAGCAGCGCGACACUUGAGACCGGAAGGCCUUCUGGUCAGCGCAACAAUGGCCCGAACCCUGUGGUUCCGAUGAUGAUGCACGGCUUUGACACAAUUUUUCAAAAUUUAAUGGAGCCAAAUGCCCGUGGUUACAGAGGCUUUGGAGAGGACCCCUUCCAUCCUCAAUCCUCUACCGCUCCCGACUGGCUCGAGGACGACCACCUUACUGGCCAUCACCCAGGCCUCUCUCCCCGCAAUGCAGAUGCGCCUCAACCUGUCAACCGCAACCCGACAGACAUAAAUGAAAUCAUGGACGCCAUUCGUGCUGACAUUGGAGUACAAACUACACGACGCUCACGUGGAGGUCGUAACCCGGCAAGCCCACAUGCUCUUUCGAUAUUGUCUGCCCUUCUCAACAUGAGUCGAAGCGGGGAUGCAGUCUAUUCGCAGGAGGAGCUCGACCGAGUCAUCACACAACUGGUUGAUAAUCCUGGAGGGACUAGCACUGCGGCACCGCCAGCAUCUGAUGCUGCCGUCCAAGCUUUGCCGAAGCAGAAGAUCACUGAAGAGAUGAUGGGAUCUGAAGGAAAAGCAGUGUGUUCGAUUUGCAUGGAUAACGUUGAACUCGGCUUGGAAGUCACUGUGUUACCAUGCGCUCACUGGUUUCAUUACAACUGCAUCCAUGCAUGGCUGACCCAGCAUGACACUUGUCCGCAUUGCCGGCGCAGCAUCAAUUCAAAUACAACAGGCGGAGAAGGCACCCCUGAGAAUCCGGUAGUGAUCCGGGAUAGUCCUGAGCAGCCGAGAUCCCAACCGCGUCGCAGUUCUGCUCGCACUGUGCGCAGCGGUCGAUCCUCAUUAUCUUCUUCAUUGCAGAGUCGGCUUUCCACUCGAAUGUCACCACCCGGGUCCCCUACACCAGAGGGAGGGGAAUCCAGGAACCGUCGGUCUAGCCGGGGUGAGGGUGUUGGGGGACUCGCCGGUUGGCUUACGAACCGAUUUGGAAGCAGCGCAUGA